UUAGCUUUACAAAAGAACAACCCUUUUUUUUUCUUCCUUAGGCAAACUUUUUCCAAGUAUAUUAUAUAUUACAUUAUUAAUAUGGAUUCUUUAGGAGCUUCUUUCCUUGAUGGAGAAUGGGAUUUCUUUCGCAAAAUGUUUGCUAAUGAGGAUCAUGAAUAUUACUCAUCACAAUUUCUUAGCCAAAAUUCACUUUUGCAAGAAGAAAAUGAUGGAUUGAACAAUGAAACACAAUCCACAUUUUCCUCUAUUGAAGCUUGUGAAAAUGAGCCUAUGAUUUAUUCUUUUGAUCAUGAUCAUAUUUCAAACUCACAAUAUAUUUCUCAAGAGAAUAGUUAUGGUAGCAAGUGUAGUGACAUUGAUAAUACAAACUACUAUUUUAGUUAUGAUGGUAAUGUAUUAGCAAAUAAUAUUAAUACUUUUAUAUCAUCCAUGGAUUUUUGCGCGGAUGAUAAAUUUUUUGCUUCUUCUAUCACACCCUUUAAUGAGAUUGUUAUGGAAGAGAGUGUUAACAUGAAUGAAGAUGCUGCAAGUGAUGAUAGAUUGGAGAAAAAUGAUUAUAGUACUCAAAUUAUGCAACUCAAAAGGAAACUUGAUGUGAUAGACGUGGAGGUUCCUAUUGAAGAAAAAAUUAUAAACAACAAAGCAGACAAUCAGAAGAAAAAACCUCGUGUUUCAAAAGAUGGGUGCAUGAAAAAUGCAAGGUGUAAAAAGAACCAAAAACUUGGUAGCAAUGAAGAGGAGAGAGAAGAGAGUAAUAGAGGAUCAAUUAAUGGACAUAGCUCUAGUAGUAACAUUUCAGAUGAGGAUAAUGUUUCUCAAGAAAAUAGUGGAGGAACUACUUCAGGAUCUAAAUCUGCUCUCAAUUCAAAUGGGAAGACAAGAGCUAGUAGAGGAUCAGCAACAGAUCCCCAAAGCCUAUAUGCAAGGAAAAGAAGAGAGAGGAUAAAUGAGCGACUAAGAAUCCUACAAAAUCUUGUACCAAAUGGAACAAAGGUUGAUAUAAGUACAAUGCUUGAAGAGGCAGUGAAUUAUGUGAAAUUUUUGCAGCUUCAAAUCAAGCUUUUGAGCUCUGAUGAUAUGUGGAUGUACGCACCACUUGCUUAUAAUGGACUUGACAUUGGACUCAAUCUCAAUAAUCUCAAGAGUUCUCUACCACUAUGAUCAGCUUCAAAGAUUUUUUACUUUGUUUAAUUAUUGUAAUAACUAUUAAAGGAAAAGCAAUUCCUUAGAAAGGGAAACUAAAAAGAAAAACAUAUAAAAUGAAAUGAGCAAUAUAUAAUAUGUAUUCUUAUUGGCGGAUGUGAAUAAAAUAGCAAUAU